ACUACACGUAAAUAAGAAAUUGAGGAAUCAUCGAGCAAUUCACUUCUUUUUAUGAAAUAAACGAUUAAAUUCGUUUCGAAUGUCUGAGUUUAUAAAAUUACAAUGAAUGAAGGGUCCAGUGUCCCGGUAAAACACAGAGAAAACCAAUUUUUUGAAAUUGGCGUUGUGGGCAGAAAAACUGGAUUCACUGUUCCUCAAGAUGUCAAAAAAGGGGCAGAUGGUUUUGACGAUAUGGACGCGUAUUUCUUGUCAGAUGGCUCAAUUCAUUUAGAAGAUGACCAAGAAGAGCCAUCUAAUCAAGAAAUCGCACCAGAAAAAGCUGUACCGCUUGUUUCUCCUGCUGUUAAUGAACAAAAUCACGUUUCACCUGCUUAUUCUCUUUCUAAUUCAUUUCAAGAACGAGACAAUGAUCCUCCGUCUUCCCCUUUACUAAUGAACUCUAAAGCCUUACGAGCUAGUCGUGAAUUUUCUGGGCCAUUAAUGGCUUCAAAAUCACUUUCUCGUUCUUCUCAUUUAUUUGAUGAACCUAAUGAUCUUAAAUAUAGUCCUAACCAUACCGACCUAUCCUACCAAAAGAAACAAAAUAAAAUAGUGGACUUUUCGAGGAUGAAGCAAUCACCCGAUAAAAACAACUUUGAGCCUCGAAGAAGUUCAGAGUUUCCAAACCGAUCAGCUCCUUCGAAUAGCAAUCCACCCUCAUCAGAGUUUUCCUUUAAAGAAAAACUACCUGUUAGCAAGCAAGUACAAGAACUUCGAAAAUCAAAAGCCUGGAACUCUCCAAAGAAAGGUUCUGAAGUAGAUGAAAUCCGCAUUCGUCCUACACACAAAGCGUUCCCAGCGACUUCACCUCCGAAACCCCAAGCACUGGCUUCGCAGACUCAGAAAAUAGAUGAUAUAAUAAAAGAACCAACCCCUCUUUCUUCCCCUCAUACAGAAUCGGAUUCUUCAGAUAUUCCACUCUCGCAAAUACCCCGAACUUCAGAAAAAGUUCCAAAAAUUGAUCAAGAGAACGUACAACCUGAAGAAGAUGGCACAGAAAAAGUAGUUAAAAGGCGAGGACGACCACGAAAACAGAAAAGUGAAGCCAACAAGGAAAUUGAUAGACCAAAGAUUGAGGAAAAAGUCGAAAAGGAAGUACAAGAAGAUAAAAAACGACGAAGAGGACGGCCAAAAAAGAAAGAGCUUUCUCCUAAACCUGAAAAAGUAAACGUUCAGGAAGAUUCACAGGGCAUAUCCGAUGAGGAGCCUCUAAAUGAUAACCAGGGAAAUAUUCAUCAGAUUGAUGAAUCUCAUGGAUUACGAAGGUCAAAUCGUACCAGGAUAGCUCCAUUAGCCUUUUGGAAAAACGAACGCGUUGUUUAUGAGCUUAACAAAAAUAAAACAGAAACCCCAGCUUUGCCGGAAGUAAAGACAGUAAUUCGCAUUGACGAUCCUGCCUCGCAACGCAGGAGAAGAAAAAAGAUUCGUUCAGAAAGGCGCAAACAAGAUACAGAAGAGCCACCCGCUACAAAUGUGCCAGUCGAAGAGGAUGUCAACGACUUAAGUCCAUUCAAUGAAGAAGUGAAUUGUCCAGUAUUGUCUUGGAACCAGAAAAACCAGAAAGUUUCAGAAACAAGGACAAUUGGGUAUGCCUUGCCGUCGGUUAAACUAUAUCAAAUUCGAAACCAACAAACAAAGUUUGCGAGUUUAUUCAGCGAUCCGAACUUUUUUGGGGCAGGUAUCCUGGAACUUCCUGCAGGCGCAGAAAAACCCGUGAAACCAUCCAAACAUAACCUUAUGUCCUUUUGUAUUUUACAAGGGUACUUAGAAAUUAUGGUUAAUACGACAACGUUCAGAAUGAGAAGGGAAGGAGUAUUUAUUGUUCCUAGAGGAAAUUAUUAUAGCAUAAAAAAUAUCGGUCAUGAGUUGGCUCGUUUAUAUUAUACACAAGCAGCCGACACGUUAGACGACGAAAGACGGUAUAACAAAGAAACAACUGUUAGAUAAUCUCCUGGGGUAAUUUUGUAUAUAAUGUGUAUAUAUUUAUCAUCUAAUUAGACAUUUGUUUGCAAUCGUCUCAUGCUUUCUUUGCUGUAACUUGAAAACAAUUCAAAAUGGAAUUGAAAAUCAAGAGUAAUUCACUUUUGAAUCAUGUCCUUAAAUUUCAGUGUUCUACUAUAACUGUCGAUCAUGUCGGUGAGUCUGUCAACAUUAACCUUUGAGGAAUCAAUUGUCAGUUUUUUACCAUCCUCUAAACAAAUGGUUAGUAAUUGAGAUAAAAAUUGAAUGAACUAUCAUAGGGUGCACUUACUAUAUAAAACCUCUACAGUUGGGUUGACAGUAGAAGUUUUAGGGGCAAGAUUGCUCGUCAAGAACAUCCCGUAAGUUGACCUCGCAUUCUCUUUAUUUGCUAAAGUUAAAAGAAGUCUUGCGGAUCGGCUAGCCUUGGAGAAAGGAUUUAAGUUCGUUAUCGAUAAUUUAUUUAUGAAGCCAAAAAUCAUUUUCUAACGCAAUUUUCUGAGUGGAG